CUUCCAUCUCUCCUGAAGAGCCUCUAAGCAUUUCCUCUGUUGGAGUUACACCUCAGAAGAUCAAACAAUGAGGGCCCCAAACCUCUCAAAACCCUUUCAGUUUCUCUUCCUUUCAUCUCUACCAUUCUUCCUGCUACAUUUUCGAACCAGUACUGCAGACUAUCUCUUUACCAUUUGUUCAAAUACAGCUAAUUACACCAGCAAUAGCACUUUUGCAACAAACCUCAACAUCCUUCUCCCUUCCCUAGCUUCUAAUGCUACACUCACCGGCUUCUACAAUGCGACCAUUGGCGAAAAUCCAGACCGAGUCUUCGGUCUCGUCCUCUGCAGAGGCGACACUAGACCGGAUAUAUGUCGUGAUUGCCUCAACACCGCAAGCCAACGAAUCAUCACAGGGUGUCCCAACAACAGGAUUGCAACUAUAUGGUAUGAUGAUUGCCUCUUGCGCUACUCAAAUGAAAGUUUCUUCGGCUCGUCUGCAAAUUCCCCAACCUUUUACAUGUCGAACACUCAGAAUGUAUCAGACCCAAGUCAGUUUAACCGGGUUUUAGGGGAUCUGAUGAAAAAUCUUGCUUCGAAAGCGGCUUUCGAUUCAUCUUCAACAGCCAUGUAUGCUACUGGAGAAGUGAAUGUCACGAACUUCCUAAACAUAUAUGGGCUCAUGCAAUGCACUAGAGAUUUAUCCAGAAGUGAUUGCAAUAUUUGCCUGCAAGAUGCUAUCACUCGGAUUCCAAGAUGCUGUGAUGGAAAGGAAGGUGGGAGAGUUGUUGGGGGGAGUUGUAAUUUGAGGUAUGAGUUGUACAAGUUCUAUCAGGACUUAGCUGUUGCAGCGGCUCCUUCUCCUCAAGCUCAUCUUCUUCCUCCGUCCACUAAUAGGACUGAAACUGGAAGAAAGCGAAACUCAUCUCAUAUAGUGGUUGCCAUUGUUGUUCCAAUUGUUGUUGUUGCUGUUCUGCUUGUCUCUACCAUCUGUGCUUGUUCGCUAAGGAGGAAGGCAAAGAAAACCUUGACUGUAGAUGAGACGGAGAGCAUAAGUGUGGAAUCAUUGCAAUAUGAUUUUGGUACCAUUAGAGCUGCCACAGACAACUUCUCAGCAGCUAAUAAGCUUGGAGAAGGCGGAUUUGGUUCUGUUUACAAGGGUAGGCUUUUGGAUGGACAAGAAAUAGCUGUGAAGAGGCUUUCUGCAAACUCUUUACAAGGUGUACAAGAGUUCAAGAAUGAGGUCGCAUUAGUGGCUAAGCUUCAACACAGGAAUCUUGUUAGGCUCUUGGGUUGCUGUUUGGAAGGAGAAGAGAAGCUACUCAUCUACGAAUAUGUUCCCAACACAAGCUUAGACAAAUUUAUAUUUGAUCCUAUUAAAAGGGCAUAUUUGGAUUGGGAAAGACGUUACAAAAUUGUCGGAGGGAUUGCACGAGGGCUUCUCUAUCUUCAUGAAGAUUCACGGCUGAGGAUUAUUCAUCGGGAUCUCAAAGCUAGCAAUAUCUUGUUAGAUGCAGAUAUGAACUCCAAGAUUUCGGAUUUCGGGAUGGCAAAGAUAUUUAGAGUGGACCAAACUCAAGGCAAUACCAGUAGAAUAGCUGGGACAUAUGGAUACAUGUCCCCAGAGUAUGCGAUGCAUGGACUUUUCUCGGUGAAGUCGGAUGUAUUUAGCUUUGGCGUUUUACUUCUGGAGAUUGUGACUGGCCAGAAGAAUAAUUCUUUUUAUGAGUCAAAUCGUGCGGAGGACCUUCUAAGCUAUGCAUGGAGACAUUGGAAGGAAGGAACACUCUUAGAGUUAUUGGAUUCCAGUAUGAGAGAACGCUAUUCAAGAAGUGAAGUCAUGAGAUGCAUCCACAUUGCAUUAUUAUGUGUUCAAGAAGAUGUUGCGGUAAGACCCACCAUGUCGACGGUUGUUCUUAUGCUCAACAGCUACUCUGUUACUCUCCCUUCACCUUCACAGCCUGCAUUUUUCGUGGCUAGCAGAAUGACAUCAGACAUGCCUGUGGGCGAGUACGACUCGCAGGCAAGUGAGUCGGAUCUAUCUAGGAACAAAUUACAUCCACGGUCUGUGAAUGAGGCGUCAAUUACUGAAUUAGAUCCUCGUUAGUUCGGUGCUCGAAGGGUUUUCAUAAAUUCAUGUAAUCUUAUAGCCAGACAGGAAAACACAGUAAAGGAUACUAAUACUUUGCCCUUAGAGGAUGCAAAACACCAUUGUAAUCCUUUGUAUACAGAUAAGUGGCUUGGAUC